UUCAGUUCUCAGGCUAAAGACAGCGGCAUUCUCCUUCUCCACCUCCCCUUUCUCCCUCCUUUCCCUUCAAAACCACUCUAAAGACCAACCAACGUCUGUACUAUGCAGAGAAAAAGAGCCCAUCAACCAGAGAGUUCAAAUGCUUUCUUGCCACUCAAACCCAGAAAUCUCUGCCUUUGCUAAAAAGGGAUUCUCAGAAAUUACCAGUUUAAUUACUGGGAGAAUUGUACAUGCGAUUUGUAUCAAGGAAUGAAUCCAUUUAAGAAUCUUCCAUUCGAAUACACUGAUAAAUAUGUAUUCAAAAUUUGGGAAUAUAUAUGUUGCCCGGAUAUUGUAUGAUAAGAUGCCUCAAAGAAACAAGGCGUCGUGGUAUAUCAUGAUAUCUGGUUAUGUUGGAAUGGGCUUAUACACAGAAGCAAUUGAAUUGUUUGGUGAAAUGGAGAAUCGAGGCAUCAGUCCUAAUGGGUAUGUGAUAGCCAGUUUGAUACUUGUAACAGGUCUGCUUCGAUAGUCUGUCAAGGAUUCCAAGUUCAUGGUUUUGUUCUUAAAGCAGGACUAUUAUUUGAUGUGUUUGUAGGCAGUGCACUUCUGCAUUUCUACGGUACAUACGGGUUUACUGCUGAUGCACGGAAAUUUUUCCAUGAGAUGCCCAACCGAAAUGUAGUUUCUUGGACUUCCUUGAUGGUGAGCUAUUCCAGCAAUGGAGAUCCAGAGGAGGCGGUGAAGAUUUAUAUACAAAUGAGGCGUGAAGGACUUAGUUGCAAUGAGAACUCUUUGGCGACAGUGAUUAGUUCAUGUGGGUUGCUCGAGGAUGAACCAUUAGGUCGUCAGGUUCUAAUGUUUCUGUUGCCAAUUCUCUUAUAUUCUUGUUUGGCAGUGUUGGGAGUAUGGAAGAUGCAUGCAACAUUUUUUAUCAGAUGGAGGAACGUGAUACAAUAUCAUGGAAUUCAAUGAUAUCUUCAUAUUCACAUAAUAUAUUUUAUGAGGAAUCACUACGAUGCUUUAAUCAGAUGCGUCAUGCUACUGUGAAACCCAAUUCUGUUACAUUGUCUAGUUUGGUUUCAGCUUGUAGUUUCAUUGAAUAUCUGAAGUGGGGCAUGGGAAUUCAUGGUCUAGCUGUUAAAGUUAGACUGGAUUCAGUUUUUUAUGUUGGAAGCACUCUUAUUACUCUGUAUUCUGAGUGUGGAAAAUCUGAAGAUACUGAGCUGUUGUUUCAAGAGAUGCCUGAGAAAGACUUAGUUUCAUGGAAUUCUAUGAUCGCUUGCUAUGCAGAAGACGAGAACUACCAAGGUGUCCUAAGGCUCUUGUCAGAAUUAUCUAGGACAAGCAAAAUAAUAAACCAUAUAACCUUUGCUUAUGCCUUGGCUGCAUGUGCUAGUCCCGCAACUCUGAUCCAUGGAAAGACCCUGCAUGCCCUUAUAAUCCGAGCUUCGCUACAUGAUAAUUUGCUUUUGGGGAAUGCACUAGUCACCAUGUAUGGAAAGUGUGGCACAAUGAGAGUAGCCAAACUGGUUUUCCAAGCAAUGCCCAAGCCUGAUGUGGUUACAUGGAAGGCACUAAUAGGGGGUUAUAUUGAGAACAAAGAACCGGGGGAGGCAAUAAAAACCUUGAAAUUGAUGAGAGCACAGGGAACAAUUGCAGACUUUAUUACCAUGGUGAAUAUUCUUGGCGCUUGCCUCACUCCAAAUGAUCUGUUGAAAUAUGGGAUGCUAAUCCAUGCCUACACAAUUUUAACUGGAUUGGAAAUGGAUAAUUAUCUUAGGAUUUCUCUGCUAACAAUGAUUGGAGUUGGAUCAAUUCAGCUUAUCUGGAGGGCUUGCUGCUACUGCUAGCUUGGCAAUAUUGGAGAAAGGCCAACAGCUUCAUGAUCUUGUUAUUAAGCUUGGGUUCAACUCUAACCUCCCUGUUAUAGAUGCAGCAAUGGACAUGUAUGGGAAAUGUGGAAAGAUGGAUGAUGUUCUUAAGUUACUUCCGGAACCAAGCAGAAGAUCACGAAUAUCAUGGAAUAUGUUGAUAUCAGGAUUUGCAAGACACGGAUAUUUCAACAAAGCUAGGGAAAGUUUUCAUGAAAUGAUACAACUGGGACAAAACCCAGACCAUGUCACUUUUGUUUCACUUCUCUCUGCAUGUAAUCGUGGAGGUAUAGUGGAUGAGGGUCUUGCAUAUUAUUCUUCAAUGACUUAAGAGUUUGGUGUCACACCUGGAAUAGAGCAUUGUGUCUGCAUGCUUGACCUCCUUGGAAAAUCAGGGAGAUUCACUGAUGCCAAAAGGUUUAUAAAGGAAAUGUCAGUCCCACCAAACAACAUUGUUUGGAGUUUAUUCUCUGCACCCAAAAUCCAUGGUAAUUUGGAGCUUGGUAGGAGAGCUUCCAAGCAUCUUCUUAAGUUGGACCCAUCAGAUGACACAGUAUUUGUUCUUCUAUAAAAUGUGCAUGCAAUUAGUGGGAUUUGAGAAAUGCAGAGAACAUCAGAAUGAUAAAGUGAUCUAAUUUGUGAUGAGAGAUCAGUCCGACCCACAGACUAUCCGGAUCUAUCUGAAGUUGAAGGAGCUCAAGAAGAUUAUAUAUUAAACAAGCAGGUUAUAUUCCUGAGAUAUCUGCAUUACAUGACACAGAUGAACAGAAGUAACAUAAUCUUUGGAACCACAGCGAGGCUUACUCUAGAAUUUUGUUUGAUUAAUACUCAAGAGUAGUCAAAUAUCAGAAUAUUCAACAAUAUUCAUAUUUAUGUGAUUGGCACCCUCCUUGCAAGUUUGUUAUUGAAGCUGUCAGUCAGGAAAUUGUGCUGUGAGAUCCUAUCCCUUUCACCAUUUUAGUGGGGGCAGGUGCUUUUGUUCGGUUUUGGUAGUGAGGAUACUGUGCUUAAAGAACAGAUGUACAGAGAUUUAAUGCUAGAGCACUGGAACAAUUAAUAAAUGUUUUAGGAGAUUGUCCCAUAAUCUCAUUAAGGAUAUUGAGAUCAAUAUUUAUAUCCUUAUUAUUAUAAUAGAGGGGAAAACCUGCUGCUUCAGAAAAACUAACUUUUUUUCACCCACCCCAUUUUGCCCUCUCAAAAUUUUCAACCCCCUGAGGUCAUACAAUCUAAAGUAGGCCACUGCCUAAGCCCAGUAAUGGUCAUGCAAUGCCCAAGGAGGAGGCAGUAGAAUGGAAUGCUCCGUCUUUCUCUAUUAGUCUGUAUUUUUUGUUGCUUCUCACAUGUAUGAAUCAGGUAACAGUCAUUCAGUUCU